AUGAAGCUCACAAUACUCACUCCCCUACUGUUCCUCCCUAGCAUUCUGGCAAUAACAGUAACUCCCUACCCCAAACACCCCAAAAAGCCCCGUUACACCUCCACUCCACGUACGUCAAAGAUCUGUACAGUCCCCAGCGGCGAGACGGAUUCCGCCGCCUCUAUUCUCGCCGCCGCACACUCCUGCAACAAUGGCGGCACUAUUGUCUUCUCGCCAAACAAAACUUACACCAUCGGGACAGCCUUGGAUUUAACCUUCCUCUCCCACGUUGACCUCGACAUCCAGGGGACUAUCCUUUUCUCAAACGAUACCGACUACUGGAACGCCAAUGCCUUCUACCUUACCUUCCAGAAUGCCACCACAUUCUGGCAGAUUGGCGGCGAGGACGUCAACAUCUACGGCGGCGGCACGCUCAACGGCAACGGCCAAGUAUGGUAUGACAAGUACGCCAAGGACAUCUACAUUCUGCGCCCGAUCCUUCUCGGUAUCGUCGGCUUGACCGGCGGCAGCGUCAGCAACAUCAACAUGCGCUUCUCCCCGCAGUGGUUCAACAUUAUCGUAAACUCCACCGACGUCGUCUACGACCACAUCUCCAUCUCCGGCGGCACAAAUAACGCCAAUCCAGCCAAGAAUACGGACGGCUGGGACACGUAUCGCUCCUCGGCCAUCACGAUCCAGAACAGCGUAAUCAACAAUGGCGACGACUGCGUCUCGUUUAAGCCGAAUAGCACCGACAUCGUGGUGCAGGGGCUAGACUGCACGGGGUCCCACGGCAUUAGUGUCGGGUCGCUGGGUCAGUAUCCGGGUGAGUAUGAUAUUGUAGAGGAUAUAUACGUGUAUAACAUCAGCAUGACCUCUGCGUCGGACGGCGCGCGCAUCAAAGUGUGGCCUGGGACGCAGUCGGCGCUGAGUGGUGACCUGCAGGGCGGUGGUGGGAGGGGCCAUGUGAAGAAUGUGACGUAUGAUACAUUUGGAAACCACAAGAACGAUUAUGCCAUCCAGGUCACGCAGUGCUACGGACAGAAGAACAAGACUCUAUGCGAACUGUACCCUAGCGAACUUACCAUCUCGGACAUCUAUUUCAAGAACUUCUACGGAACCACAUCAUCGAAAUAUGAUCCUACCGCUGGUACUGUAGUGUGCUCUUCGCCAACGGUGUGCAGCAAAAUAUAUGCCGAGAACAUCACGGUCACGCCGCCCAGUGGCAAGGCCGCGGUUUAUACUUGCUCUAAUGUUAAUGUGACUCAGUUGGGAUUGCCGUGUGCAUAG